GCUGAGCAGCCAGUCCUAUAAAGAGGUCCUUGGCUGCAUGACUGCAGACUGCUGGUCCUCAGUUCCUGGACUACUUUGAAGAAACUGAUCCUGAGACUUCAGCACAAUGUCUUACCAAGAGCAGCAGUGCAAGCAGCCCUGCCAGCCUCCUCCUGUGUGCCCACCCCCAAAGUGCCCAGAGCCUUGUCCUCCUCCAAAGUGCCCAGAGCCUUGUCCUCCUCCAAAGUGUCCUGAGCCUUGUCCUCCUCCAAAGUGCCCUGAGCCUUGCCCUCCUCCCCCAUGUCAGCAGAAAUGUCCUUCUGUGCAACCUUCUCCACCAUGUCAGCAGAAGUGCCCACCCAAGAGCAAGUGAGGGAUGGUUUCAGCAGCAUCAGGAACAAGAGAAGAGAAGUGAAUGUCUCUCCUCUACCUCCAGAGCAACACGCCCAUAUUUUCUUCAACGUCUGUCAUGGAUGCAGAAGACUUGUCUCUACCCUUC